AUGGCGGCCACCGAGGCUGUGCCAGAUCGGCCCAGCUUGCCAUGGCGCAUGGCAUCAGCAGCUGUCAUGACCCUGACAGGAGCAAUUUCUCGAGUCUUUUUGUACGCCCUCAACGAUGUCCAGACGGAGGGUCAAGCCGAGUUUCUGGGCCUCUUGGACAAGCGUCGUGCUGGCCAUCUCGAUCGUGGUCUGAUCACCGGUAUUUAUGCUUUUCUAUCAACCACACUCGUCCGCAACCCCCCUCUUGGUCAAGAACGCGAUCCGCUGAUAAUGGGUUACCUCACGCAGUCUCCAAUCAUAUCAGCGUGUGGUCUGGACGACCCCCUGAUAUGGGGAGUCUUGCCACUCAGGUACAAUAUGAUCCCCGAAAACAGUCGUUGGAGCUUGGGAGCUCACGACAUCUGCUUCAAGAAUAGUUUCUUUACGACCUUCUUCACUCUUGGUCAAGUCCUACCGACUUACCGAAUGCUGCAUUCUCCCCACGGAGGGCUAUUCCAGCCAACCAUGACCCAGGCUAUCCGCAUACUCUCCGGUCCGGGCUCUGUGUACACUCGUGGCGCCACCUUCAAGGCUGGUGCCAACGAGAACUUCCAGUCGCCCGCAUUUUACGGCGUUAAUCAUAACGCGUGGGUUCAUGUCUUUCCGGAGGGAUGUGUACAUCAGCAUCCUCAGAAUGCCCUGAGAUACUUCAAAUGGGGAGUGUCACGGUUGAUCCUCGAGUCCGACCCUGCCCCUCAGCUGGUACCCAUCUUCAUCGAUGGAUUCAAAAACAUCAUGCCAGAGGACAGAGAAUGGCCACGGUUUUUGCCGCGCAUCGGUGCUAAGAUUCGAGUCAUUUACGGCAGCGCCGUCGAUGUCGAUGAAGUCUUCAGGGAAUCACGCUCAAAAUGGAAGCGUAUGGUACGAAAGCAAGAGGAGGUUUUAGGCAGGUCAUUGAACGCUGGCGAGGUACCUGAAGUACUCAAAGAUCACCCCGAGGCUAUUCAACUACGCAUAGAGGUCGCCAAAACUGUCAGGGCAAUGGUUCAGAACCUGAGGCUCAAGGCUGGCUACUCGGAUGAUGACCAUUCGUACGCGCUCGCAAAAACUUGGGAAAGAGAGCCCAAGACAAAGCAUUUCCAAAGUCCCGUCGAUGACAGUUUGGUCCGUAAGGAAUAG